GGCGCCAGCAUCACUGAAAGAACCAGAGAGCUCUACGCAGAAGUUACGGAAGACUUGGAGAACAUAAACUUUUCCUGACUAAGUCUCAUCUAAUGUUCAGAAGGUAUAACAGAUAAGUCAGCGUUCAAUUUUAUGUUGAGCUGACUGAGCACAUCUAGCACUCAGCUUCUCCCGCCGUAUUCUGUAUUCACUGUACAACUUAAUCGCGGGAACCAGUGAUUGGUGUACUAUUCCUGGAAGCGCAAGUUUACAUCUUCCCACUGCCUCUCGCAAUACAAUAGGGCCGUGAUCGGAUGAUAAAUCGUAUUCAUCGUGAAUGUAUAAGUAAGGUGUUCACUUCACUUCUAUCGACCACCACCAUGUCUUCUCCUACUAGUAUGCAAUACGUGCGCCUCGGACAGUCUGGCUUGAAGGUGUCCAAGAUCAUCUUGGGAUGCAUGACCUACGGCAGUCCUGAAUGGCAAAAGUGGGUUCUUGGUAAGGAGGAAGGGAUUGAACAUAUCAAGGCUGCGUACGAUGCUGGAAUCAACGCCUUUGAUACUGCGAACGUGUACUCCAACGGCUUGUCCGAAAUUAUAUUGGGAGAGGCUAUCAAGAAACAUGACCUCCCUCGUGAUAAGAUUGUCGUCUUAACCAAGGUACAUGGAGCCGUAGGCAAAGAACCGGGGAUUAGGAACCCAAAAUCCGACCCUGAGUAUGUUAACCAGCACGGACUUAGUAGAAAACACAUCUUCGAUUCUGUGAAGCAUAGCAUGGAAAGACUCCAGCUCGACUAUAUCGACGUCCUUCAGUGUCAUAGAUUUGACUACGAUACUCCCAUCGCUGAGACGAUGAAAGCCUUGCAUGAUGUCGUUCAGGCGGGCUAUGUUCGUUAUAUCGGAAUGUCGUCCUGCUAUGCCUAUCAAUUCCACGCCAUGCAAAACUACGCGAUCCAAAACAAUCUGACGCCCUUCAUCUCGAUGCAGAACCACUACAAUCUCAUCUACCGAGAGGAAGAACGGGAAAUGUUCCCCACCUUGAAGAUGUUCGGCGUAGGCUCCAUCCCAUGGUCCCCUCUUGCUCGAGGAAAAUUAGCGAGGCCUUUCGACAAAGAAGGCGACACGAUACGUGGCGAAGCGGAUCGACUCCUCGAACGAUAUAGUGGAAUCGAGUCCGUCAAGGUCAUCGUUAAUAGGGUCGAAGAGCUCGCACAGAAGAAGGGUAUAACGAUGGCUCAGCUCUCUAUUGCGUGGAUGCUCAGUAAAGAAGGUGUCACCGCCCCGAUUGUGGGGACGACGUCGCUCGACAAUUUGAAGGAGCUCAUUGAGGCGACCAAGAUUGAACUGACGACGGAGGACGUCAAGUUCUUGGAAGAGGAGUAUAAGCCCCUGGCAAUUUCUGGACAUUCUUAGUACAGUACAAGAUGUGAUAAUGCAUACGGUCGGGAGCUGCCUCAGUUUAUGCACUAUCACAUCAUAUGCACGAACACGUUGUCACACAACGUGACAUUCCUAUGACAAUGGGAUGUGCCGCACCCAAUUCGGGUAUUUUCUCGCGUCUUCUGCUCUAUUUCCUACGUAUUUGCAUUUUGGUCCUAACAGGAUCAAUUUUAGUGAGUUUCGUACCAAUGCAUAUGGUAUUUUAGC